AUGGAUUCUUGUUCGAUCGCCAAUUUUCUGCUCGUUUUACUGCUCUCACUUGCUUCUCUUUGUCCCGUCCAUGGCACUCAUCAGGAGGAUCAUAAUACCAACUAUGCAAAAGAGAUUCUAAGCGCAGCCCAGCAAGAUAAACAGUGGUUGGUUUCCAUAAGAAGGCAAAUCCAUGAAAACCCAGAACUCAGAUUCGAAGAGUACAACACCAGUGCUCUUCUACGCAGAGAAUUGGACCAACUUGGCAUCACUUACACAUACCCAAUUGCCAAAACUGGUAUUGUUGCCCAAAUUGGCUCUGGUUCGAGCCCUGUUGUUGCGCUUCGAGCUGACAUGGACGCCCUCUCAUUGCAAGAGCUUGUAGAGUGGGAGCACAAGAGUAAGGUUGAUGGUAAGAUGCACGGUUGUGGUCACGAUGCUCACACCACCAUGCUUCUUGGCGCUGCUAAGUUGCUUAAUCAACGGAAAGACAAACUUAAGGGAACAGUGAGACUUAUUUUUCAACCUGCGGAGGAGGGAGGUGCCGGCGCAUCUGAGAUGAUAAAAGGAGGUGCGCUUGGUGAAGCUGAAGCAAUAUUUGGGAUGCACGUUGCUUAUGGAAUACCUACCGGAACUAUAGCAUCCAUUUCAGGGCCACACUUAGCUGCUGUUUGCUUUUUUGAAGCCAAAAUGGUCGGGAUAGGCGGGCAUGCUGCAGAACCCCAUCUUACUGCUGACCCAAUACUUGCUGCCUCAUUUGCAAUUUUGGCAUUGCAACAACUCAUCUCAAGAGAAGUUGAUCCCCUCCAUAGCCAAGUUCUGUCCGUUACUUAUGUUAGAGGUGGGAGUGCAUCCAAUGUAAUUCCAUCACAUGUUGAAUUUGGGGGCACAUUGAGGAGUCUUACAACUGAAGGCUUGUGGAAACUCAGGAGGCGGUUGAAAGAGGUUAUUGAGAGCCAGGCAGUGGUGCACAGAUGUAAUGCAUAUGUCGACAUGAAAGAUGAAGAAUUCCCACCAUUACCUGCUGUUUUCAAUGAUGAAAGCUUGCAUCUGCAUGUGAAGAGGGUUGGAGAACUUAUGCUUGGUCCUGAGAAUGUGAUGGCGUGUGAGAAACUCAUGGCAGGUGAAGACUUUGCCUUCUAUCAGGAAGUGAUACCUGGAGUGAUGUUUAGCAUUGGAAUUAGAAAUGAGGAAGUGGGUUCAGUUCACUUUCCACACUCCCCUUACUUCUUUCUUGAUGAGGAUGUCCUUCCAAUUGGGGCAGCAUUACAUGCUGCCUUGGCGGAGAUUUAUUUGGAUAGCCACCAACAUUCGGUUAAACAGUAA